UUUGACAACACAAAUCACAAUGUACCACAUAGAACUCCUCCCCAACUCAACAUCCCACAUCACACCAGGAUGGACCUACGUACCCGAUAGAGGCUUCGACCCCGCAAAAGCAGCCAUCACGCCGGCGAUCGGCAGAAAGCGAGGAAUCCGGGACCCAGGCGGUCGUGGCGAUCUCUCGUCGAGGGAAAAUAAUGCGAUUAUAAGACACUUGGCGGAGUUGGAUCGCGAGAAUCAUAGGGAUGUGCAGAUUGCAGUUCCGGUGAAGCAGAAGGAGCCAGCGGGGAGGGGGACGAGAGGAAAAACGACGACGAAUACGCGGCGUAUAUUGCAAUCUCAGAAGACGUUCCGGAAUCAUCUUGAUGAUGAAGAGGCACAUUUGUCGCAGACCACGCAGACUACCGCGAGCAACGCGCCUCCGCGUCUUAGUAUCAGUAGCAAAGUGACGAAACCUUCCGCGCGAAGGAGUUCAACGCCUCUGACAACGCCAAAGACAGAACCUGCAACAAAGCAACGAAAGCAAUCCGCUGCUGCACAGCAGCAACGACAACAACAUCAGCCGUCAGAACCACCCGCAGAAACAUCGAAACCAGACACACCCGCCGAACCUACCGCAGAAACAGAAACAGAACUCCCGGCGAAAAAGCAACGCCUAAUCGCCUCGGAAUACGAUAAUGACCCUCUCCUCCGCUCACGUAUCCCCUCCGCGCCCUCAGAACGCAUCAUGCAGGCCCUUCUAUCCGAACCGCCGCUAAGUUAUAACGCCGCGCGCGCUGGACCGCCGGUGACGAAAAAGGCGCCACGGUUCUUUUGCUGUAUAUGUGGGUAUUGGGGGAAGAUUAGGUGUCGGAAUUGCCAUGUGCGGAUGUGUGGGUUGGGGUGUUAUAAGGUGCAUGAGGAUUCGAGGUGUGGUGCUUUUCUUUAAUCGGCAUGCGCAAUGACCUGACGAGAUCUGCUCGAAGAACAUGGCUCUUUUUUUCAUGCCAUUAUUUUGUUCAAUGAUACCCAUAUUUGUUCACAUUAUUUUUAAUCUACAGCCAUUCUCAGUACCAUUCAAUAUCCUACAAGAACAGUUUUAACAUUAUGGAGCACGGCGUACGGGGUAUGUAACUAAUAUUCGUACGCAAAUCUCACCUUCCCACUGUCAGUCCAACAUUAUCAUAAAAGCUACGAGCUCGAAUCACCCACUACCAGUACCACCACCAACUCUCCUCUCAUCCAACCUCUCCACAGCACCAACCCUCCCCAUCCUCUUUAACCAAACCCUCAAAUCGAACUUCCCCUCGCUAAUAUCUCUCCUAUCCCCUACAAACACAAAAAAAAACCCAUGUUCCUCCCUCAGUUCCUUCCCAUCCGCAUACCUAAUAAGACAGGCCUUAGCGCGAUAACUCCCCGCCUCGU